AUGUCCGCCCAACCCUCCUCCUCCCUCGUCCAAGCCACUCCCCCUCCUUCGACCCUUCCUCGCCCUCGUAUUCCUUCCUCUUACUGGCCCCAACGCGCCCUGAACCUCCUCCAUUUCUUGCUCCGUCUCCUCAGGGGCGGGUUCAAAUCCAAAUUCAAAUGGAAAACCACUCGGUCAUUCCUAUCCUCUUUCUCACCUGGGCAUUCGAGGCAGAGGGAGGGUCAGGUGUUGUCGUUGCCGUUGUAUUGUGUUCGUGAUGAUGCUGGUGCUGACGGGGGAGGAGGUGCGCGUACUGAAGGAGGAGGAGGAGGAGGAGCGAGAGAUGGUGGAGGAGUUGAUAGACCUGCGUCUGGGUCUAAAUCUGUUCCGUCUUGCGUACCAUCGCAAGUGCAAGCGCCACCCGCAACGGCGACCUUACCGUCCGAUCCUCAUCCGAGUCAUAUAUCCCGCCCGCCCUCCAACGAAGAUGAAGAUGAAGAUAGGAAUCGAACCGACUUUUCUUCUUCUUCCUCUACCUCUGCACGCUCUUCUGCACGUUCUUCUUCAACCUCAUCCACCGGAUCCUCGACACUUCUCACUACUCCCUCCCCCUCCCCUCUCUCGUCAACCUCCUCAUCCCGCUCCCCAUCGCCCUCACCAGAGCCCGCCCCUCACAAUCCCCCAAACAACCCAUCCCCUCCCCGCUCACAACCGCAACCGCAAAAGGCCCACCUCUCCGCCAACCCGAUGGUAUACCCCAUCCCGCCGUCCUGUUUCGAGAGAUUUCAGAGGGGGGUUAGAGUUCAUCUCCCGCCCUCAGGCUGGAAAGAAUACACGCAUCCACUCGGCGCGAUGUAUUUCUACCACGAAAAAUACCACAUACUCACCGAGGCCAACCUACACGACGCCCCUACUUAUCAAGCGACGAUGGGUUUCCAUGAGGGCAGCGAGGGAAAAUCUGUGAGGAACCAAGACGCCCUCUCCAUUAAAAACAAAGAGUCCUCCUCUUCUCCCCCCACCCCCUCCCUCGAUACGGAUACCGAACUCGUCCUCGACAUUACUCCCAACGGAGACGCCAACGCCGAGCUCGUCUGCGGCUACUACCUCGUCUCGCACGCGCGCCGGCUCGUUUAUUGGUUUGACGAUAUGCCGACGGCGUAUCUGUGUCCGGCGGGGAUGCCGGUGCUUGGGAUGGGGCACUUGAGACAUCAGGUCGAGGCGGAAUAUUGGACCCAUUGGGAUCUCUUUCCUCAUCUGCGUACGGUCACAGGCCCGCUCAUCGCUGAAUUGCGAGAUCAGGUCACGCAUGGUGUCGUUGGCGUGAUGACCUCAUUCACGAGCACCGUCCCCUUCGCGCUGCAGGACCUCCAGGCCUUGCACGGUCUCGUAGACCAGAUCGAAAAGAACGCAGGAUACGUAGCCCCUGGGUCUGCAUGCGCGAUCGGUCGAUUCAUGAGAGAACUAGCCCAACACCGCUUCCUAAACCUGCACGGCCAACCCGGCGCUCGUCUGAGCACGGACCAGUCCCCCUACCACGGCCUGAACGCAGACUCAGACUGCACCCCGCGUUCAUUACUGCUCACGCUUGUCUCGCCUUUGUUCUUCUUCGCGCCCGAAGCCCAACUGCAGACGCUCGAACAAGUCUGCAAAUGCGGACUUAUCAAUCGACAUUCGUGGGCUGUGUUUCAGGACGAGCUGAUCACACAAUGGCAGGAACAUGCGAAUCUCGUCAGUCCUCCCUUCUUACUUCUUCCCCUCUUUUCCCUAUCCCCUGCGCCCUCCCGUCCUCGCUCCCUCCAUACUUCCAUAUCCUCUCUUGCUCCCAGUAAUGGAACCGUCCUCCUCACCGCGAACGUCGGCCUCCUCGCCAUUCAAUCCGUCGAUAACGCAGGCUCGAACCGGUCCUCGACCCAGAUCGCCUCGUACAUGUCGCUCAUCACCAGUCUCGGCUGUGUCAUCCUCUCACUAAUCCUGCAAAGACAACACCGUCGCCCAGCGUUCAAACGCAUCGACCAAGCGGUAAGACCCCCUCUCGCUCUCGCAGUCCCAAGAGAUAGGUAUCACACUCAAACACCCGUGCAGGCCGAAUUCAUACAAAGACAGUCCCAAACCUUCUGCGGUCUCGAGACCCUAGCGCUCCUCUACACCCUCCCCUACGCGCUCCUUCUCUGGGCCAUGCUCUCCUUCCUCUCCUCCUGCUCCUUCCUCUGCUUCUGGACCUCCUCCACGACCACCCGCGCCACCAUCGGCUCCACCUGGACCCUCGUCGCCGUCCUCGUCGCCUGGUGUCUCCUCACCUCCUGGGAAUCGCGCGGCUCGCCGGAGAGGUUCGUCAUGGCGUUUCGGAACAGUGCGAUCCCGAGGUUGGUGCCGAUGUCGAUGAGCGGGAUGAGGGAGGGAUGGGGGAAGAUGAUGGGGGUUUUGAGUGAGGGAAUCAGAGGGGUACGAGAGGCAGAUGUCGGUGAGAACGUCUGA